GGAGAGCGUUGAGCGUUUUUUUAUUGUUGAAUUAUCCGCCGACCGAUUGAAACGCGCGUGCUGCGCCCUUGACCGUGUCUGACCCCUUUUCUGUUCAACUUUCCUUGCCGAAAGCUCCAAUCCCCAACUAAAAGUGCAACAAUGGUGUACCUAGUGAAAGAUUCCGAUGACUUCAACAACAAGCUGGAAUCGGCCGGCGACCAACUGGUGGUGGUAGACUUCUUCGCUACCUGGUGCGGUCCGUGCAAGGUAAUCGCGCCGAAACUUGAAGAGUUCCAGAACAAGUACGCCGACAAGGUGGUCAUCCUGAAGGUGGACGUGGACGAGUGCGAGGAUCUGGCCGCCCAAUACAACAUUUCCAGCAUGCCCACCUUCCUGUUCAUCAAGCGAAAGCAGGUGGUGCAGCAGUUCUCAGGCGCCAAUGCCGAGAAGCUGGAAAACCAAAUUGAGAGCCUGAUCGCCUAAGCACGGAACGUUGGGAACGGGAAGGAAGGAAGGUCGCGGACAGACGAGAGCUGGUUGUUACUGUGCGGCGCAGCGCAUUAGCCAGAUCAAAUAUGGCACCCUUUUACUCAUCGCCCUGUAUGUACCGUAUGUUUGUGAAGUGAACCACUUCAUGAACGAAAAUGAAACUGUCCCGCACCACCCGCAUUCCCUGCUUCACACACACCCACCCGGCACGGGAUUUAAGUACUUCGAAAACAAGUUAAACAUGUUGCCAAUCUAAAGUAUCCGCAAAGCCUGCACUUCAACGACCAACCGCUGGCGGUACGUGGAACAAUUCAAACAAUCCUUUGUUUGACCAGCCCAUUACCAUCCAAAUGGCACACACCAAUAAAGAAGAGGCCAGAAACGCGUGUGGCAGCGAUCGGCUGGAUUGCUGAAUCCGUGCCCGUGUAAACUGCAGACCAUACGUUAACUUCAAGUCACAAUCCCCAGAACAACUCAACUACAAGCUUUCAUUAGGCGUGCGCGAAUGCUGCCCGUCAUUACAGUCUCGAACAAUCUGCAUCUGAUCGAACGUUAAAAGCGCGUAUGCGAAAGAAGUGUAACAAUAAUGCUGAAAACCGAAAUGCAGAGAAGCACAUAAGUGUCACUUAAUUCUACGCUUGAUUUGAUGUAAACGCAGUCGAAGCGGAAUGAAUAAAAAUGUUUAAACUUAUCCACAAUUCGUGCCCAUUGAUUGGUUUUCAAGGAAGUAUUUCGAUGUCACGCAGUAGGUCAUGGGUUGAUAAGUUUUCGGAAUGCAAAAGAAACGAAACGGGAUCAAAGCACAUUUUGCAACGGAAUCUAAACCCGAUUCAAUUGCGAAUUGUUUAUACUAGUAGUGGUUUCAAAUAUUAAACCCCAAACAAUUAGCAUAUGUAUUUAUUUGCUCCAUAUGUGCGGCUUAUGGCAGUUGAAACGUAGAACAUGAAUAAAGCAUUAAUAUUGAAAACACUCA